GAAUAAACGUACAGAUGACAACCACCCAAUUCACAAUAUAUAAAUCAAUAUCUAUAUAUAUAUAUAUGUUCAUUCACUCCCAACAAAAGCAUCGAAAUUCUCUCUUUCUUUCUUUUUCUCUUUCUCAAUUCUUCCAAAAACAUCCCAUCAACAAUCCCUUUGUUUUCUAUUCCUUUUGAUUCACUAUUUUCCUGCGAGAAACAAUCACCUCAGAGAGUCUUGAAUAUGUUUUGAUCAGAUACCCCUUUCCAUACUCUUCAAUUUGAUCUGAAAUUUUGCUGUUUUUGGUGAAUCCAUCGGGAAUAAUUGACGGAUUUCACAUGGGUUUUGAGGAAUCUUGGGUUUCUAUGACAUGUGUGAUACCUGAAAUUUGCUGACCGGUACAUUAUUUAAGAUCUUCUCUGCCUAGUCUGGGCACUGCACGCUUAAGCAGUGCCCAUGGAUGCCACAACGCGUGGAACCCCACCUAUUCAAUACUGUAAUAUCCCCGAGCAGUCAAUUGCUGCUCUUGUCACCUCUGGUGUACCGGCAUUUCUACGACAACAACGACAUUGCUUUGGCGUUGCAAGUCCCGGGGAGUUCCCAUUGUCUGCGAGUCCCUCUAUUGUUCUUCAUGUCCUCACCACGUGUAAUUUGGAUCCUCAUGAUCUUGCGAGCCUAGAGGCGACAUGUUCCUUCUUUAGGCAGCCUGCCCAGUUUGCCCCUGAUCAUGAGCUGUCCUUAUCAGAGCUUGCUGCUCUCGACAUGUGUCAGAAGAGAGCUAUAUUUAAGCCAAUGACAGCUGAUGAACGUCAAUAUUUGAAGGAAAGAUGUGGGGGCUCAUGGAAACUGGUCCUGAGAUUCUUGCUGGCUGGAGAAGUGUGUUCAAGGCGAGAAAAAUCGCAAGCAAUAGCAGGGCCAAGUCACAGUAUCGCUGUGACUUCUAAUGGAGUUGUUUACUCAUUUGGGUCUAACAGCUCGGGACAGCUUGGACAUGGCACUACGGAAGAGGAGUGGCGGCCUCGUCAAAUCAGAUCACUUCAAGGUGUUCGUAUUAUUCAAGCAGCUGCUGGGGCUGGCCGGACAAUGCUAAUUAGUGAUUCGGGGCAGGUAUAUGCCUUUGGGAAAGACUCGUUUGGGGAAGCAGAGUAUGGGGCUCAAGGAACUAAACUAGUUACUACCCCACAGCUCGUGGAGUCUUUGAAAAACAUAUUUGUGGUGCAAGCGGCAAUUGGAAAUUUCUUCACUGCUGUGUUGUCAAGAGAAGGAAGGGUUUAUACGUUUUCUUGGGGAAAUGAAAGCAAACUUGGUCACCAAACUGAGCCAAAUGAUUUGGAACCCUAUCCUUUACUCGGGGCACUGGAGAAUAUACCGGUGGUUCAAAUUGCAGCUGGAUACUGUUACCUUCUUGCUUUGGCAUGUCAACCUAGUGGCAUGUCGGUGUAUUCUGUUGGAUGUGGCUUGGGUGGGAAGCUUGGACAUGGAACAAGAACUGAUGAAAAGUACCCAAAAUUGAUUGAACAGUUUCGGACUUUGAAUCUUCAGCCUGUAGUGGUUGCAGCCGGUGCGUGGCAUGCUGCUGUGGUGGGGAAGGACGGAAGGGUUUGUACGUGGGGUUGGGGGCGUUAUGGAUGUUUGGGACAUGGGAACGAAGACUGUGAAUCAGCUCCUAAGGUGGUAGAGGCGUUGAGUGGGGUCAAAGCUGUUCAUGUUGCUACUGGGGAUUACACAACAUUUGUGGUGUCUGAAGAUGGUGAUGUGUUCUCAUUUGGAUGUGGAGAAUCAUCUAGUCUUGGACAUAACACUGGUGUUUUUGAUGGGCAGGUGAUUAGGCACACAAAUGUUCUAAGCCCAGACGUAGUAACAUCGCUGAAGCAAGCAAAGGAGCGAAUAGUACAGAUCAGCCUCACCAAUUCUAUCUAUUGGAAUGCCCACACUUUUGCACUCACUGAAUCCGGUAAAUUGUAUGCAUUUGGUGCCGGUGACAAAGGCCAGCUGGGUGUCGAGCUUGUCGACAACCAGACAGAGCGGGGAAAUCCUGAACGCAUCGACAUCGAUCUCAAUUAGCCCUUUUCUGAAAAAUGAUCAAAAUGUCUGUUCUUUUUUCUUUUUUUUUUGUUGCAUUGGGUGUUUAGUUCAUAUUUCCAUGUCUAUUUUGUACAUAGAAACAAAAAGAUUGUGAAUAAUCAAUCAAGUAAGGUAGAAAGGGGCCUCUGAGCAAAAUGGUACAAUUAUUAACCUCCUAAAACAAUUGUCAGCUCUUAGGUCUCAAGCAGUAAAUAGCUGAUACAUUUGUCAAAACUGUUCAUUUUAUUGACUUGUUUGUGUUGAAUGGAUCAUAAAUCUGCUCAGGUUUAAAAUAAA